AUGACCGUCACUAAAGCACCCAAGCCCGUAUUCCCUGCAGAGGCAGCAACACUGGAAUAUGCCGCCUCUCUGGAUGCCGCGGACCCUCUGCGUGGAUUCCGCGACCAGUUCAUUAUUCCUUCCAAAGCUAAUAUCGCGACAAAGAAGCUCGCAAAGCCAGAUUUAUCCUCUGAGCCGAGCACUUACUUCUGUGGCAACUCAUUGGGUAUUCAGCCGAAGGCCGUCUCAAAAUACAUGGAGGCCCAGUUGGACACUUGGUCAUCCAUUGGUGUCCUCGGUCACUUCACUGAUCUCGAAGACUCGCCAUUGAAGCAAUGGCAAUUAAUGUCCGAGCAGGCUUCUGCCUCCAUGUCCAAGAUUGUCGGUGCUGCGCCUGAGGAAGUCGCCGCCAUGGGCACAUUGACCAUGAACCUUCAUUUGUUGCUUGCUAGCUUCUAUAAGCCGACUGAGACCCGUCGAAAGAUUCUAAUGGAUUGGAAGGCAUUCCCCAGUGACCAUUACGCGAUCGAGUCCCACAUCGCCUGGCACAGUCUCGACGCAAAAGAGAACAUGGUUCUCAUUGGCCCUGAUGAAGGCGAGCACGAAAUUUCGACAGAGAAGAUCCUGUCAUACAUCGAUAAACACGCCGAGGACGGAGCAGUGCUUCUCCUCCCCGGAAUUCAGUAUUACACCGGCCAGUACUUUGACAUUCCUCGGAUCACUGAGUACGCCCAAGCGCGGAACCUCGUAGUCGGGUGGGAUUGUGCUCACGCCUUCGGAAAUGUCGAUCUCAAGCUGCAUGACUGGAAUGUUGACUUUGCUGUUUGGUGUACUUACAAGUACGGAAAUGCCGGUCCUGGUUCGAUGGGUGGUCUCUUCCUUCAUGAGAAACACGGCAGGGUCGACUACAGCGCUGGCGAGGACUCUCCCAAGUUCCGUCAUCGUCUGGCUGGAUGGUAUGGUGGUGACCGUUCGGUCAGAUUCAAGAUGGACAACAAGUACAAGCCUAUUCCAGGUGCCGGGGGUUUCCAGCUCUCCACCCCUUCAACUAUGGAUCUCACCUGUCUUUGCGCAGCAAUGUCCGUCUUCGACCAGACUUCGAUGGCAGACCUGCGCGAGAAAUCUAUCAAGUUGACCGCCUACCUGGAGCACCUGCUCCUGGAGAACACUUCUUCAGAAACACGCCAAUUUGAUAUCAUCUCGCCCUCCGACCCCUAUGCCCGCGGUGCCCAGCUGAGCGUUCUUCUCAAGCCUGGCCUGUUGCAUGCAGUCUCUGACCGUCUACAGAAGGCGGGUAUCGUUUGCGAUAAGCGCGAGCCCGGUGUCGUGCGCGUCGCGCCUGUACCAUUGUACAACACUUACUCAGAGGUAUUCAAAUUCGUAGAGGAGUUCAAGGGUGCGUUGGCUUCAUCAUAA